CAGCAGCGGCGGCGGCGGCGGUGGUGGCAGGAGCAGCAGCAGUAGCGGCGGCCCCCUUAUCCUCGGCGCGGAACAUGUUCGCCAAAGGGAAGGGAUCGGCGGUGCCCUCAGACGGGCAAGCGCGGGAGAAGCUGGCGCUGUACGUCUACGAGUACCUGCUGCACGUCGGCGCCCAGAAGUCGGCGCAGACCUUCCUGUCCGAGAUCCGGUGGGAGAAGAACAUCACGCUGGGCGAGCCCCCCGGCUUCCUGCACUCCUGGUGGUGCGUGUUUUGGGACCUUUACUGCGCAGCUCCCGAAAGGCGAGACACUUGUGAACAUUCGAGUGAAGCCAAAGCCUUUCAUGACUACAGCGCAGCUGCCGCCCCGAGUCCCGUGCUUGGAAACAUUCCCCCGAACGACGGGAUGCCCGGGGGCCCCAUCCCGCCCGGUUUCUUCCAGGGACCGCCUGGGUCACAGCCCUCGCCACACGCACAGCCUCCACCCCACAACCCUAACAGCAUGAUGGGACCCCACAGUCAGCCAUUCAUGUCACCGCGCUAUGCCGGAGGUCCCCGGCCCCCCAUCAGGAUGGGCAAUCAGCCCCCGGGUGCUGUUCCCGGUACACAGCCAUUGCUGCCCAAUUCGAUGGAUCCCACGCGACAGCAAGGGCACCCCAACAUGGGCGGCCCCAUGCAAAGGAUGAAUCCUCCACGAGGGAUGGGCCCCAUGGGUCCCGGUCCGCAGAACUACGGCAGUGGCAUGAGACCUCCACCCAACUCCCUAGGUCCCGGCAUGCCUGGAAUUAACAUGGGGCCAGGAGCUGGCAGACCGUGGCCGAACCCCAGCAGUGCUAAUUCAAUCCCAUACUCUUCUUCAUCGCCUGGUACAUACGUGGGUCCACCUGGUGGUGGUGGUCCUCCAGGGACACCCAUCAUGCCCAGUCCUGCAGAUUCAACAAAUUCAAGUGACAACAUCUACACAAUGAUUAAUCCAGUACCGCCCGCAGGCAGUCGAUCGAAUUUCCCAAUGGGUCCUGGCUCUGAUGGCCCCAUGGGUGGCAUGGGUGGCAUGGAGCCCCAUCACAUGAACGGAUCAUUAGGGUCAGGAGACAUAGAUGGACUUCCAAAAAAUUCUCCAAACAACAUAAGUGGCAUUAGCAAUCCCCCGGGCACUCCAAGAGACGACGGGGAGCUGGGAGGCAACUUUCUCCAUUCCUUCCAAAAUGACAAUUAUUCCCCCAGCAUGACGAUGAGUGUGUGAUUUCCCUCCCCCUCCUCCUCUCCAGGAUCAAGAGAGUCAGCUGCCGUUCGGAGGAUCUCAACGAAUUAUGCAAGAAGAAGAAGAAGAAGAAGAAGCUAGGUGUAUGGGCAGGGAGACACGUGGCGGGGGCCAAAACCCCAGGUUUAGUUUCAUGCAAUAAAAAGGCUGAACUUUUUAUUCCAUAAAACAUGAAGGACAAAACUUAAAAUAUUUCAAGACAUGACAAGGCCCUUCUUUGUGCAGAAGGGUUUAUUAUAUGUACAUGACACUUCUUUUUGGAAACAAACGGAAGCCUCUAGCACCCAACUCCGAUCUCUUUGCUUUGUUCUUUUAAAUAAAGACAGAAACCGAACCUGUUGUAUGUUUGUGCCGUGCGACACCAGGAAUAGUCUAGAUAUGAAAUCUCAUGUUGUCUCUGUUGUAGUCAUUUUAUUUUUUUUUUUAAAUAAACUGGACAGUUUACAAUGGUGGUUUUCGUUCAGAAGGCCUGUUGGGUUUUGUUUUGUUUUGAUUAUUUUUUGUGUUUCUUUUUUUUUUCUUAGUCGUUUCGGGGUUGCGUUUGGGGUUUUUCUUUUUUCCCCUUCUAUUUUUGGGGGUUUUGUGUUCUGUUUGUUUGUUUGUUUGCAGCACAACGCUUCCUCCUCCAGUUAACAAGAUCUGCUUUGGGGAAGAGACUCCACCACCUCGUUAUAAACUUGUUAAUGCAGGUGACCCCCCUUCUAGGAUCACAUCCUCGAAUGAAUCGUGAUCUUGCUCUCUGUGACUGUGGCAUGCACUGUGUUAGUCUUUUCCCCCCCCUCUCCAAGUACAAGAAGAAAUCUCUGUCCCUCCUUUCCCCAGAGUCCUUCAGCUGGCUCACUGCAAAAAUUGAUUUUUUUUUUAUUUUUUUUUUUUUAAUCCACUGAAAAAAAAAGGGUUAAUCUGACCUGGGACUUUGAGACUGUGAUCUCCAGCUAACUUCAGGCGUUUUUUUGGGGGAGGGGAGGAUGUUAUUUGCUUUUAGGGGAUAUUUUUGGGGGGGAUUUCUUUUCCUUUAGAGACGUGCUCUUGUCAGGGUUUCACUUACCUAUGACUUGGAACUGGAUGGAGAUAUUUUUUAAGGAAUUCUUGUUGUUAAAAAUGUAACCUUGCUAUUCUGUAGGCUCACUCUGUAAUAUGAAAAUAAAACUUAAAUGGCAAGCAUCGAAGGCCCUUCCUGCUGGUGGGAGAGGAAGGGAUGAGCCAAGGCGGCGGGUUGGGAUCUCUGUACAUGACACUACCCUGUAGUUUGGUCUUUGUUUUUUCUCCAGCUCCCAUUUCUGCUCCAUGUAUAUCAUAUUCUGUAAAAUAUUCUCUCCCUUGGAUUUGACCUUUGUGCGGAUUAUUGAAAGCAUUGUAUCUUGUUUCAGUGUUUUUUCUUACCUUGUAGUCUGGUUCGAAAAUUACCCAGAGGGGAAGAAAAAAAAAAAAAAAUUAUUAUACAUUGUAGUUUGUGUACGAUAUUUGUUGAUAAUGUUUUAUUAAAGGGAUGUCUUUUUUCCGCA